AUGGAAGAUAAUCUUGAAUUAAAAACUACUGAAUCCAUUAAAACUGAAAUGGUCACAACUAACGGUAAUGAUGUGCCCAAAGAAAAUUUCAGAGAUAAUUCUACUAAAUCUACACCAAUUACAAAUAAAAUUCCAGAAAAUAGCAUUCAAACCGUUAACUGUUAUUGUAAUAAAGAAAGGAAUUACAAUAUCAUUGAACUAUUAUGUGCCAACUGUAAUCGUUGGUAUCAUGAAUCCUGUAUUGGAUAUCAACUAGGUAAAUUGGUUCCGUUUAUGGUAAAUUAUAUAUUUGUCUGUAAAAACUGUUCACCCACUGGUCUUGAGAGUUUCAAAAAAAAUCCUGCAAUGUUUCCACAAAUGUGUGUGACUGCAAUUGGAAAUCUAAUGCAGGAAACUAUUAAAAGUGGAAACCCUCAAGUUUAUUUCUCAAGGGAUAAAGAUAUUAUUCCUUUUAUUGAAUCACACUGGGAGAGUAUGACUACAACUGCAAGGAGAGUUACACAAUCAUGGCAUUCAACAAUUACGAGAUCAUUAGUCAAGGAAACAGACAAUUUGUUCAGUGUGGUAAAUGGUGAAAAUGGUUCUCAAUCUUAUAAGCUAUUGAUUGAUAUUUCUCAAAUUAAACCAAAUUAUGAAGCGAUGAUAAAAGGGGGCCAUCUUAAAGUUACAGAAACUGGAAUUCAACCUACAAUCACAACUGGCCUCAAAGGACGGGGUGCUAAGAGAAAAACAUUUGGUGAUGGAACUAGUGGAAUAGGUAGUGGCAAGAAGGGUAGAAGUGCUGGUGAUCAGUCAAAUGUCAAAUUGCCUGCUCAUGGAUAUCCACUUGAACAUCCGUUCAACAAAGAUGGCUAUAAAUAUAUAUUAGCUGAACCAGAUCCUCAUGCUCCAUUUAGACAAGAGUUUGAUGAGUCUAAUGAGUCUGCUGGAAAAUUAAUUCCGGGAUGGUUAUAUAGACCCCUUUGUCCUAACCAAGUAUUAUUGGCAUUACAUGAUCGUGCACCACAGCUCCAUAUUUCUGAAGACAGGUUAUCAGUAACUGGAGAGAAAGGGUACUGUAUGGCACGAGCUACACACAGUGUUACCAGUGGAAAUUGGUAUUGGGAGACAACAGUUGAAGAUAUGCCUGAUAAUUCUGCUUGCCGUAUUGGAUGGAGCCAAGAAUUUGCAAAUGUUCAAGCACCAUUAGGAUAUGAUAAAUUUGGCUAUUCGUGGAGAUCUAGAAAAGGUACAGUGUUUCAUGAGAGCCGUGGAAAACAUUAUAGUAACGGAUUUGGUGAAGGUGAUACAUUAGGCAUGAUGAUAUGUCUACCUACCAACAUGAUAUCUCUUCCACCAACUCAUAAAGAUUUGAUAUUGAUAAAAUUCAAAAGCCAUUUAUAUUAUGAAGAACAGUCUCAAGAUAGUAGUCGUGAUGCACUUAAAUGCUUGAAACCACUAAUUGGGAGCAAAAUAAUUUAUUAUAAAAAUGGAGAAUGUUUUAAUGAAAGUGCUGUAGACUUAUAUGAUGGAAAAUAUUUUCCUACAGUAUCUUUAUACAAAAAUUGUACACUGUCUUUAAACUUUGGACCAAAUUUCAAAUACCCACCACCGCAAACAGAUGGUUUCAAAUAUAAAGGAAUAUGGGAAAGAGCUGGUGAAGCCAUAUGUGAACAAACUUUAGCCGAUAUAUCUUUUUUAACAAUAAAUGAAGGUAAAUUAAAAUUAAGCGAUAUUUAA